AUGUUCUCCCUCCGCAAAAUGAUCGCCAUGGCCACACUGUUGGUGGCAUUGCUUCUGUCCCAAUCUUCCACCAAUGCAUUUGCGCCAGUGUCAUCCGUUUCCAGCCAAACUACACGCGCGGACACCAAGCUGUUCUUCUUUGGAGGUCCCAAGGACGAUGGAUCCCCUGGCGAUUAUGUUUGCUUGGACUGUGGAUGGGUUUUUACCAAGGGUCCCAAAGCUUGGGCUGACCUUCCGGAUAACUUCAGUUGUCCCCCCUGUGGUUCGGUCAAGCGACGAUUCAAGAAAGUGCCCAAGGGAUCAGCCGGGAAAGGGAAAUAA